CUAUCUUGAAAAUUGGGCCAAGAACGGUGUUUUAUUAUUGAACGCAGCACUCACCGUUCGCGCGCAUGAUGCAGGAAGCCAUAGCAAGAAAGGAUGGGAAGAGUUCACUGAUGCAGCGAUUAAUUACUUGAACGAAAAGAAAUCCGGAUUGGUAUUCAUACUUUGGGGAGGACAUGCUCAUAAGAAGGGAAAACGUAUUGACAAGCAAAAACACUUGGUAUUGAAAGCACCCCAUCCUUCUCCACUUUCUGCAAGAGGAGGAUUCUUUGAGUGCCGCCAUUGGUCACAAGCCAACGCAUACUUGAAAAAUGGUGUGCAAGAAACUGCCAGUGCUAGCGAUAAAGAUGCGGUCGAGCAAGUGCCGCCAGAGGAAGAAAAAGCUGGUAUGGGAGAAACUGCGAAUGCUAAUGAGAACAAUGCAGUUGAGCAA